ACAAAGCCUGAAUAAACUCCAAAGAUACUCGGUGAAUAUUUUCCUUCGCUCCUAAUAGCUCCGCAAUGAUCUCUACAUCUUUAUCAAAUUCAAAAUCAGCGACGGUGGCGCGUUCUUCAUGCAACUAGCCUUUGUUUAUCGACGGCAGUCGGUUGUUUCUGACUGCAACCAUUAACAAUUGCCACAACUUCCGUUAUGUGCACAUUAUUCCGUUAUGUGCUGCUCUCUGAUGGCGGGUAAAGCGAGUUUUCAACAACCGCAGUACCGUUAUUCAAGCAAAGAAGCGAGCGUUGAACCAUUCGGGCACCUGUACGAUUGGCCCACGUUCCGCAUUCUUUGAAAUGACCAGUAAUCCAGCGGUGUUUUCGGUGUCAACGUGUCAUCACGAAAUAAAAUCGUCCGUUCUACGAUGUAAUUUCACGUAAAAAUGCAAUAAUUAAAAAAAAAACUACCGAACCAACGUAGAUUUUGAAUAGUAGUAGCGAUUCGAUUGGAUCGUACAACUACAGCUGCGUUUGAAUUGAAAUAAAAUAUUACAAAUCGAGCGAUCUACGAACUUCUUAACGGUACUUUUUUUUACCGGGGAACAUUAUGCGAAGUGUUUUUAUAAUUGUUCAUCAAUUUAUAAAUAAUUAGAAGUACAAAAGCAAGAAAAAUCGAGGAGACUGCGAGUGCAGGGAGUUCAAUACCGAGGGAGCAGUAAAUUCCAAUUGAUGAUAAGUAUAAAUAAAUAAAGUUGAACUCUUCUACGACUUUUCAAAUCAUAUGCAAACGUAAAGGACACUUAGAUGACGUAAUUCUUGCUGCUAUAAUAAACGCGAAUGUCGAUAGAGAUAAGGUAAAAUAAUGCGAACGGGGCUGUGACGAUAUCACACGAGUAAAAAGAACUAUCGAUGAUAUUGCAAGUAGAAGUUCUGAAAUAAGAGGCUUGAAACGUUGUCGCGAAAAAAUGAUGGCUACGGCGAAUGGCACGAGGGUUGAAAAACAGGGUAAAGUAGUCCAGGGGACGAAAUCAAAGUUCUGGGCUUACGUCCUGUGGCUGUUUGGUGGAAUUUUUGGGGCCCAUCAUUUUUACCUGGGUAGGGACGACCACGGUUUCCUUUGGUGGUGUUCAUUGGGAGGAUAUUUCGGUGCAGGAUGGCUGAGGGACCUUUUCAAAAUACCGACUUACGUUGCGGACGCAAACAAUGAACCGGAGUACCUGGAAUGGUUCAAAAACCAAGUUCGAGCCAACAAAAAGCCGUCGUUUUCCUCCAUCCGAUUUAUCGGAGCGGUCGUGAUUUCUUAUCUAUGGGGUCAGCUCGUGUACAUGGCGAUACCGGAGGACGAAAUCUAUGGACUCAAUUUCAAACCUCUGAUGAUCCUCAUACCAGCGGCUGUUGCACUGGGGGUUUGGGUUGUGGGGAACGUCGGUCGAGAGGAGGGUUCUAUUUGGGUAGCUCUAGUAUCCGCGUACGCUUGCUAUCCAACACUCACGUACCUGGGAGAUGACAGCACGUGGAUGUCGGUGAUGGUACUGACGUCGGCGAUAUCAUUCGACACGUGGAGCAAACGGUGGCGAUUGAAGCCCAAGAAAAAACGGGGAAUCCUGCGUAGGAUAUCGGCCAUUAGUCUCGCGGCCCUCCUUUACUCUUCGCUUUGGGGGAGCUAUUUCUACUUCAACGCGAGACUCACCGACAGCGAGGGUGAGGAAAUAAAAAUUUCCGACGCCAUCAAACAUUUCCUCACCUCGCCGAUCUGGCUGGAUCUCAAGGCGAGCUUGCACGACACUUGGAGGCACGCUCAGCACCAAGGGUUCUGGGCUACGUGGAGACAAUUGGUCGACUUGACUGAUCCGAGGGGUGAGAUAAACGCGUACAGGGUGUUGGGCCUGUCGCAAACCGCCUCUCAGAGCGAGGUGACGGUGAAGUGGAGGAGCUUAUCGAGGGAAAAUCACCCCGACAAAGUCAAGGGGUCCGAAGACGAGAGGAAGGCGGCGCAGGAUAAAUUUAUGGAAAUACAACAGGCCUACGAAAUUUUGUCCAGCGCUAAAAAUAGGAGACAAAGCAAGAACAGAAAGGCGGCUUGAGAGGCGACCGUCUUUUUACCGAGACGCUGCCGUGCUGAAAAUUUUUGAAACUGUAGACUAUGAAACAGUUUAUAAUGUUGAUGAAUACAUCGUUGAAUUAUAUGUAUAA